UCUCCAGGGCAACCGGGAAGCUGCACAAGAAUGCUUUCAGAGAUCCGUUUUUGUCACUUCGAAAAUGGCUCAUGAUGUGUUGAAGGCUGCGCGUAACUUGGGCGUGGACUGUAUCGUUGCGCCCUACGAGGCGGAUGCUCAGUUGGCCUACCUCAAUCGAGCAGGCUACGCAGAUCUGGUGAUAACGGAGGAUUCGGACCUGCUUCUUUUCGGUUGUAGACAGGUUAUUUUCAAACUGGAUCUCACUGGCGCCGGUGUUUUGGUUGCCGUAACCGCUGGAAUUGGGGAACUAUGUUGUGGCAUGCGUCCCAAUCAAUUCACCGACAACACGUUGCGCUACAUGGGUAUCCUAUCCGGAUGUGACUACUUCUCCGGAAUUCCCGGCAUUGGUCUAGCCACCGCUGCCAAGAUUCUUCGUCAGACUAGGUUGUCCGAUUUCCGGGAGCUAUUGUCCAAACUGGGUUUGUAUACAAAUCUCUCUCCGGCCGCGUUGGCUGCCUCCGUUCCCACUGCAUCGUUAGCAGAGAAAUCAUCAGUGGCCACCUCUAGGAGCGGCGGGAGAAACGGGGCCGCCACGAAGCGACUACAAUCCUCGCUGAUUGAUGCGGCUGUUCGUGCAGAGCGGACGUUUCGUUUGCAGGUUGUGUUCGACCCACUCACACGAACCCAACGUCGACUCACCGAACCGACUCAGGAAGACAUGGCCGACGAAGUUCGAAUGUUGUCCGGUGAAGACGCAAAUACUUUGGUGAACAAGGAGAAUCUGUUCACUUUUGCUGGGGAAAUUAACCCGGACAACUCAAAGGCAUUCCAACUGGCGCUGGGUAACCUGGAUUUUCACGACGACACAGUCUGGGAUACAUUUGAUCCGGAUACGCCAUCGUCGACCACACACCAUGGUCUGCAGAAACCGCGAUCCGAGGGUAGUCUUCUCAGCCAUUUCAGUAGACCCAUCCUCACGGAUAACGGUGAUUCGCCAUCCUCAGUUCGGCCUGUGUUAGGUCAACUCGGAUCAAACGGCCACACGGCGGUCGGUGCACUCAAACGACCGAGCAAAGAUCGUCUCCGGAUGAGCAUUUGGGAUAGGAAUUUCUCUACUCAGAAAGUUUGGAUCCACCGACGGUUGAACGACGGUGACAACAAGCCCUCGGUUCACUGUCUAACUGUUUCCACUGUCAACCCGCUCAAAGAACUACCUACGGUUCGCAGUGCCGAAACGAUCGAUACACAGUGGUCGGAGGAUUUCGAGACCAGUGCAACAAUAUCACCGAGAGCCAGCAAUACGCGAAUGAUGCCUGCAACACAUGGCAAACAACUGUUCGUCUCCACUACCAUUCUGCAUAACCUCAACAGGGUCAUCAAACGGACCAGUGAUUCCUCACCUCCACAACCUGCCCCGAAACGAUCGACUAUAGUUUCCUCCACAUCUCCGGUUGAUAUGCACGAAGUAGAUUCGACCUCAGAAAUCUUACAAACCUACAGAGCUUCUUUCGAGAGUACAGCUACUCCUGCACCUCAGCUACCUGAUCGGAGUAGGCUCUGUUCCACAGUUCUUUCGUGUUCCAAUUAUUUUCCUCCAAAACGGCUGCAGCUAAAUUCUUCGGUACUCGAUAGCCCUGUUGCUAAAGAUGAUGACGUCGCAUGUGCUCUUCAGACGGCCGUGGACGAGGAUAAACCAGAUCAUGUUGAUACAGCCCCUAGAAGCCCAGUUUUUCAUCGAAAUCCGUUUGGCCUCAAUGCUCAGAUGGUAAGAUGUGACACUGGGACUUCCUCUGCAGAGACUGUUCUCCUUACACCUCCAUCUCAAGAGAACGUGCAACCACCGACGCUUUCGUCUUUCAUCAGCCCGUCGACAUCUCCUCCCUCCUGCGGUAGUCGCACUACUCCGCGAUCAAAAUCCAGUCCUACAUACCAAUCCCCGACUUUCUCUAAUCGACUUCCCACCAGAAUCGUAUUGAACACGUCACCUGUAUUCGCGUCGGAUCUCACAAAGUCCUCCACGCCACCACCACCAUCCUCUCCUUCACCAGAUGACGAUUCCGCCGAGUUCUCACCCAACUUUUUAAAUUCCCACCUCUCUCAGGCAAUAGCUUCAUCACGACCGAACACACGAACCUCUCCCAUGUUCCAUGGCAAAUCCGCACUAGAUUGUCCCGGCUCUCUUUCUGUCUCCUCAUCUAUUGAGCGAUUCAAAUGUUCUCCCGUUAACGUCCCCAGUCCAGUCCGCACGCACUCUACUUCCAUUCCGUCCGGUGGCAAACGGCCUCUAUCCAAGACUGCACCAAAACGUAGUUCUGCCAACCCUGUGCGUCCAAUUGCUGGGGCCAACCGUACUUUGAACGACUACUUUCGCCAGUGGCAAUUUAAAGACGCUGAUAAUUGACCAGAUCUUCGGUUUAGGCAAGAACAUUUAGUGUUUUCUUCUGAAUCACAGAUUAUUUGAAAAA